ACGUGAAGCUCGCUAAGCUAACGCAGAUUGAUUACAACAAGCACUUAGCCUGCUAACGUUAGCCCCACUAGUGUUGGCUAACUAGCAUGUUAGCACUGCUGCUUUUAUUUCUCAACCGUGUCAAUGUAACGUCAGGUGACAAAAGGUAUGUUUGGUGCUAGAAAGAAAUUUGAGUUCGUCGAGGUAGUCGAUAACGACUUUAAUGAUGAAAGCAUGUACUACAGCCAGCCGUCGAUGUUCCCACAUCGGUCGGACAAAGAUAUGCUGUCCUCUCCCUCGCCAUCGUCGUCAGGUCAGCUAUCACAGCUUGGUGCAAGUUUGUACGGUCCACAAAGUGCACUCGGCUUCUCGGUAAGGGGUAUGGGUAACAAUACGCCUCAGUUAAACCGAAAUCUAACACAAGGCACACAGCUACCAAGUCAUAUCACCCCCACAACAGGGGUCCCCACAAUGUCCCUACAUACCCCUCCAUCACCAAGCAGGGGGACAUUGCCAAUGAACACGAGGAACAUGCUGAACCACUCUCAGGUCGGUCAAGGCAUUGGGAUGAGCGGCAGGACCAAUAGUAUGGGCAGCUCGGGGCUGGGCAGUCCCAACCGCAGCUCGCCCAGCAUCAUCUGUAUGCCCAAACAGCAGCCAGCACGUCAGCCCUUCACCAUAAACAGCAUGUCAGGAUUUGGUAUGAACCGCAAUCAGGCUUUUGGGAUGAACAACUCAUUAGCAAGCAACAUCUUCAAUGGCACAGAUGGGAGUGAAAAUGUAACGGGACUGGAUUUGUCAGACUUCCCUGCGUUAGCAGACAGGAGUCGGAGAGAAGGGACAGGAAACCCAACCCCGGUGAUCAACCCACUGACUGGACGGGCUCCUUAUGUUGGCAUGGUGACAAAGCCAUCAACUGAACAGACACAGGAUUUCUCCAUCCAUAACGAGGACUUCCCUGCACUGCCCGGCCCAAACUAUAAGGACCCCUCGUUGAACAACGAUGACGGCAAAACUAACUUGAACUCCACAAGCAAGAGCACUUCCAAUGCAGAUGGUCCCAAGUUUCCUGGAGACAAGACGGCCUCAGCACAGAACAACAACCAGAAGAAAGGGAUCCAGGUGUUGCCCGAUGGUCGGGUGACGAACAUUCCUUCAGGGAUGGUGACAGACCAGUUCGGCAUGAUUGGCCUGCUGACGUUUAUCCGAGCAGCAGAGACUGAUCCGGGGAUGGUCCAUCUGGCGCUAGGAAGUGACCUCACAACACUGGGCCUCAACUUAAACUCACCAGAAAACUUGUAUCCCAAGUUUGCCUCUCCCUGGGCUUCAUCGCCUUGUCGACCUCAAGAUAUUGACUUCCAUGUUCCCUCUGAAUACUUAACCAACAUCCACAUAAGGGACAAGUUGGCUACAAUUAAACUGGCUCGAUAUGGUGAAGACCUGUUGUUCUACUUGUACUACAUGAAUGGUGGAGACUUGCUACAGCUUCUGGCAGCAGUAGAGCUCUUUAACAGGGACUGGAGGUACCACAAAGAGGAGCGGGUUUGGAUAACAAGAGCGCCUGGCAUGGAGCCUACGCUGAAGACCAACGCCUACGAGAGGGGAACCUACUACUUUUUUGAUUGUCUUAACUGGAGGAAAGUAGCCAAGGAGUUUCAUCUGGAGUAUGACAAGCUGGAAGAGAGGCCUCACGUGCCAACAACAUUCAACUACAACCCAGCCCAGCAGGCCUUCUAAGGCCCGACCGGUCCAAAGGCCGCAGCUGUUCUUGCACACAAUAGUGUUGUCCAGGAGGGGUGCUGCUUGGUUUUUAUUCCUCGAGGAUUUGGCUUUUUGACUGCGGGGGUCAUCGCCACCAUCAAAACUGCCCUGCCUUUCCAAAAUUACAUGCUGCCCAAAACACCAACACUUGUUCUGUUUUUAUUCUUUAUGUUCCUCCUGUUUUUUUUUUUUUUUUUUUUUUUGUCUUGUUUUGAGCAGGGUCUGUGUUAUGUUUACGUCUUUGAAUCUGAAGCCUGUUUUCUUGCAGAAAGGAGAACUGACCUUGUGGCACUGGACAGUGACAGAACAAGGGUCAUGCUUCGUAUUCACAAGUGUUAAGAACAGAAAAAAGUCGGGGAAGAAAAGUUAAUAUCCUCUGACGCAAGUUAAAGGGUGAAAGAAAUGCAAUGUUUAUUGUUGCACUAUAUUUAGUAAUAAAAGAACACAAAAUGUGUUUGUGCUUUUUUA